UUAGGCCAAAGAACAAAAGGUAGCAAUCCAAUCGAAGCUGAGCCGCAGCGGGGAGGCAAUGUCGACCGCCAGGCUACAUCCCUUUGCCUCGCCUCUUGCGACAACCAUCGAAAACCUUGCCGGCAACCUCCAUUUCGCUCGCAGCCGCCCCAUUUUGACCUCAAAUUUGGGCCACAGGAGGCGACGUACGAUCAAGAGGAGCCUCACCGUGUCCUCUUCGGCCGUCUCCGACCCCCUCGAGGUCUGCGUCAAAGCUUCCCUCACUACCCCUAACAAGCUCGGCGACUGCCCCUUUACGCAAAGGGUUUUGCUGACUCUGGAGGAGAAGCAUCUGCCUUAUGACAUGAAGCUGGUUGAUCUGGCCAAAAAACCAGAGUGGUUCUUGGAGAUAAGUCCAGAGGGUAAAGUUCCAGUGAUAAAAAUUGAUGAGAAGUGGAUUGCGGAUUCGGAUGUCAUCACCCAAGCAUUGGAAGAGAAGUUCCCUAAUCCACCUUUGGCAACACCGCCAGAGAAGGCUUCAGUUGGAUCAAAGAUCUUUUCCACCUUCAUUGGUUUUCUUAAAAGCAAAGACCCCAAUGAUGGAACAGAGCAAGCAUUGCUCGGCGAACUGACUGCUUUCAAUGAUUAUCUCAAAGAAAAUGGCCCUUUUGUGAAUGGAAAAGCAGUAUCUGCUGCAGACUUGUCCCUUGGACCAAAGCUAUACCACUUAGAGAUUGCACUGGGGCACUACAAAAAUUGGUCUGUUCCAGAUUCACUUCCUUAUGUGAAGUCCUACAUGAAGACCAUAUUCUCCAUGGAUUCAUUUGUCAAAACACGGGCAUUGACACAGGAUGUGAUUGAGGGUUGGCGACCAAAAGUGAUGGGUUAAUUCCUGCUAGUCAUCUGACCUUCAACUCUUGUUGUCUACAUUUCUACGGGAGAGAGAAAUAAUAGAAAGGCUUAAUACUGUAAGCUACUGAUAAGGUCUGUAUACUAGCCUUGAAACGAAAUCUAGUUCUUGUUUAAUUGUACAUAUCAUCGGCUCAAUGCAUUUGCCCAAAUUAAAGGGCAAACUUUCAAUUUC